AUGAAGCCGGCGGAUCAGCCGCCGCAGCCGAGGAGGAAGCGCCGCAAGCCGCGCUCGCUGCUGCUGCUGCUCAAGAGCUUCGUGGGGCUGCGCGUGCGCAUCGACCUGAAGAACGACUCGGUGCUGGAGGGCGUGGUGCAGGAGGUCGUGCAGGACAUGGACUUCAUGCUGCUGGACGCCUGCGAGACCAAGCCCAACGGCACUACACUGAUGCUGGACGAAGUGUUCGUCAUGGGCAAGACGGUGCUGUACGUGCACAUCCCCGACCGCAUCAACAUCUCGCAACACCUCCAGCAAUACACUCGUAUGCUGCGGCAGAGUGCAACGAUGUACACAAGAGCGAAGCGGACGGCGCCGUCGUCGAAAUAG